AUUUAACACAUGCAACACUUACUUUGACAACACCAUUACGAAAACACAAGCGCAUAAAUGUCUCCCCGCGAUAUUUUCUUGAGAAAUGACUUCUACAAAUGAUGGAAAAGACGUGAAAAGUAAUCAAACAAGUGGCCAAAAAGGCAAAACAUAUUAUAUCGAACUUUACAAGACCUUGGAGGCGGGCCUCAGCGGCGAAUGCAAGCUCCGCGAGCGCACCCGGUUCCUGUGCGAGGCGUGGCGGCGCGUCUACACGCUCUGCCACCACUCCGUGCCGUCCACGCAGGCGCACCUGCUCAGCUGGCUGCAGAGGCACACCUCCAAGACACUGUUACAGACGGAAUGGCAAUCGCCAACGAGUAAAGAUGAACAAGCCAAACUCGACGAGGCGAUCAGCGCGUUCAUAUCGGAGUGUCGCAAUGAGGCGGACGCAAAGAAGGCCGAGGGUCCGCCGUGGCAGACUCAGCUGGUGCAGCGCGGCCAGUGGUUCCAGAAGAUCCUGUCGAACCCGUGGGGUCAUCCCGUUUUGAAGAGGCUGCUGGAUCAGCAGGCUGAGUCGCCCACUGACGAGGAAGUUCUAGAAUGGCUGAAGGAGGAGCGCGGCGUGAUGUUCCUGACGCGGCUGCGUCAGCUCGCGACGUCGAAGUGCGACGACAUCGCGCUGACGCUCGCCUCCGCCGUCAUGGACCGCGUGCGCAAGGGCAUAGAAAUAGUGCCCGACGCGGAUCAGGUUGAAGAUUUAAAAGAUAAACCAAACCCAGACAGGACGACGCCCUCGUUCGCAGACAUACUCAAGGCAGAGGCGGGGUUCACGGUGGACGUAUGGGAACUCCUCACUGAUAUAGAGUUUGUGUUACUGCACAAGGGUGAUAAGCGGUCGCAAUGCAUCCAGCUGGCGAAACAGACACCUCUACGGCAUGGUUGUCACCUGGUGGAGAGGUUAAACAGCCGGCUUGAGACGUCGCCGCGCGAUAAGAAACUGUGGAAAAAUGCCAAAGAAGUCGCCAUACUCAUCGCACAGGUGGUGGUGGCGCGGUGCAUGGUGGUGGCGGGGUGCGCGGGCGCAGUGCGCAGCGCGCUGUACUGGUGCGCGCGCGUGCUGGCGCGCACGCUGCCGCCGCGCCGCCUGCACGCCGUGGCCGCGUCGCUCGCCGCGCCCGCCAUCACCGCCAAGCAUCUGCACAUGCUCGCCGCCGCCGUGCACGCGGAGCUCAAGGGCAAUAAAGACAUGAUACCGUUCAUGUGUGAACUUUAUGUGCGCGCCAUCACGGCGGGCAUGAACGAAUUGGAGAGACUCAAAUUGAAGACUGAAAUGGAAACGGAAGCCCGUUCCGCGGAACAGACACUAGCGUCGUGGUUCACGCAGCUCGGCGCGCUGCUGUCGACGAGUGACCGCAUACAGUGCGAGUGCACGCUCACCGCCUUCUCCGUGCAUCCCUCGCCCACCAUGUACGAGAAGAUAAAGGCGGCGCCGACUUUGCCGCCCGUCGCGCUGGACCACCUCGAACCAAAAGAAGAGACGACGUCAGAUUUCGGCAGUUGGGCGAACGACAGCCGAUCGAUGACGAAUCUAGUUAAAACCUCAGAGACACUCAACUUGAAACAGACACUGCACCAGGCGAACGUGCUCUCCACGGCGAUACUGACGGAGGGCGAAGGCCUGGGGCUCGACCCGGACAUGUGCCAGGAUAUAGCUGUGCUGCUGUCUGGACCUCGGCUAAAGACCCUGUCGUGGGACAUGGAUAGGGAGUUACUGCUGGAGAACUGUCGGGCCUACAUGGAACGCACCAGCGGCGGCACCAGAGCGGUCACCACUGAGCUCAAGUACUUGAAACUGGACCCCAAGGCGUUCCAGCAUCUGCCAGAAGAGAAUGAUGACGAGAAUGACAUGUUCUAUGGCAUUGAGAAAGGUUACGAACACCUGGUGGAAUUUCAAGAGCCGGAUGACGUUUGGGAGGGAGAGUUCAUACAAUCGGAAAUAGUCGAUAGUCCAUACGAAAGCAGCCAAGAUUCCGAAAUAACAUCAAUAAGACGAAAAAAGAAAAGUAAAAAUGUUCUGAAGAGCUCGGAUGAAGAUUCGGAUCCUCUCAGCUUCAUGGCAGAGGCAAAAAGACAGGAGAAGAAAAAAGUGAGACCUCACAGCAAAGAGAGAAGUAAAGAACGGCGGAAGAAAAAGUCUAAUGAAGAUCCCCUAGGAUCCAGAGAUGGUAGCCAGGAUAGCAGGACCGAGUCGAACAGUAAGGAGAAGAAAAAAGAGAAGAAGCCAAGGAAAAAGAGAGAGGGCCAGCUGAAAAACAAGUCACUAGCUCAUCUCGUGGGCAUGAAAGUUACUAACAUGGGCAACCUAUACACAUCGUCAAUGACUGACAGCGAUUACGACAGCCAAGGGAAGUCAUCGCUUAACUCGGUGAACUCAGAAAGCAAUGAAGAUGUCGUAUUUGAUGGCUUGUAUUCAAUGGAUGAGCUCAAGUCCCCAGAAAAUUCUCAAGGUGAUAAAAUGGGAUUGUUAAAGAAUAACGAAUUCUCGAUCUCCGAUGGCGUUGUGUCCGUCAACAAACCGGCUACCGAAAAUAAAUAUGACGUGGACAGUGACGCCAUCUUGACGUACAUUGAACCCAAGGCUCGGUUGCCGAUGUUCGACAUGAAGUCUCAACCAUAUCUCUCCUCAGUCAGGGAGGAAGUUAAGAAAAGUAUUUCAAGGCUCAUAGAAUUUCGUAGGAAAAAGAACGUAUUGAUGGCUUCCAUGGCUCAAUCACCAUUGCCGUCUACGUCAGUGUAUCCAUACGCUUCCACAUCGUACAGAAUGCCAAGCGCGAUCGUGAGGCCUGAAAGCCCGCUGCCAGCGCCAAUAAGCCCAAAAGUAGUGACAAUACCGGAGAUACCGAAAAUGUACAUAAAUAAGAAGCAGUCUGAGCAGCUCGCUAAACUUAAAAAUGAAGUGGACAGAUAUCUGCACACAACUAAUAACAUAAAUCCGUCUCAUACGGUGACACAGUUUGGUAAAUCAGACUUGGAGGGGGCUAGAGUCAGUAAUUAUUCAGCAUUGGCUAAUUCCACUAUUGAUCCUGUCGCAGAUAUAUUAAGGCAGCACAGCCAAUAUAUUACAAAGUCUUUCACACCACCUGGACCGAAUGUGGUUAGUGACAAAAAAAUAAUUCAUCUACAGAAUAUUCCAUCUACACAUGUCGUACCGAAGAUCAUAAAUACCUCGGGAGCGGCAAAAAAACAAAAGAAUUACCAAGAAUUUCUCAAAGAAUUGCAAGAGUCGAUCAACGCUGGCGCCGGCGUAGUGUCACAUGAUAAAGUUUCGCCUGCAUCAAGUAUGUAUGCGAGAAAAAACAUAAAGCCAACGAACCGACUAACGCCAGUUGUUCCCCUUAACUUGAAAGUCGAAGAUAAAAUAACUCCAAGUGCCAAACCACAGACAUCACCAAAGAAAUUGGAUACAUCGCUCAACACUUUCUCGCGCCUCAGUUAUAUGCACAAAAACAAACAAAGCGACGUGAAGCUGCAUCAAGUGGUCAGCGCGUUAAUAGAAAAUCAAAGUAAAAACCUGAAAAAGUUACCAGCGCCGUCCGGUGACGAUAGGAUUCAAUCGGAACAGAGAGGCCCAAGAUCUAAAUGCCCACAAACUAAAAAUGAGACUUCGACUCGCCCUGUCAAGAGUACUACAACCAAAUUAAAUAACAAUAUAUUGAUUAAGAAAAUGGAGAAACCAGCAACAACUGUAAGCCAGUCUGCGAAUGCAUGUCCCGUGAUCACAUCAAUUUUGCAAAAUAAUCACACAAGCACAGCUAAACCGGCAGAGAUAAGAAAUGAGGUGCACACGAAGAAUGUUCUUCAAUCUCACCAAAUCAGACAGGAAACGAAACCCACAUCGCUUUCAGAGAAAGAUCAGAAUGAUUUACUGCUUUUACUUCGACAGCAAAAUAAAUUAAACGCGUCGUAUACACCGCCCAAACAUGAUGUAAUGCAUAACAGAGAUGGACAUAUUACACACACCAUUGCACAAAACUCUACCUCCAGCAGUGUUACUACCACAAGAUAUGUGAGAAACACCGAUAUGCCUCUAUCUAACAAAGAUAUGCAAGCCAGUAAACCAAUAAUUUUUGAGAGUCAUAAAUCAAAAAAGCAGCCUAUGUUCCAGACUGGUAUGAAAGUCCAAAACAGUUCAUCUACAGUUCCAAAGUCGUCAAUACCAAAAACAGCAAACUCAUCACGAUAUUCCUCAAAAACUGAAUCACGUGAUCAAAACAAUAUUAAAAAGACUGAUGCUAAAAUGGAUAGUAAAAUAAAUAUAAAGAAUGAACCGAGUAAAAUUGCCAAAACAGCCACAGAUUGGGAGCGUGUCAUGGAUGCAAUUUUAGCGCAGAAAACUCCUUGCAGGGGUCCAAAAGCAUUGGAUGUAGCGUUAAACAAAAGCUCAUUCGAAAAGGCAUUUACGGAUAGUUUACAAAACCAGAAAUUAAUGAAAUCGCAUUCAAUGGGAGAACUUAAUGGGGGCAAGGUUCUAGAUUUAAAACGAUUUCCGUCUAACGAAACACCUGGCGUCAUUUUAGACAAGAAUAGUCAGAACACUCAUCAUUCAGCGUCUAAAAAGUCUUCGUCACGGAAGUCAUCCACUGAAUCAAAGAACUCUUCAAAGAGUAGUCUUUUAAAAUCUGCACCGAAUUCAUCUGAUGUUGCCAUUAUGAGCACCUCGAAAUUACAUACUGAACUAACGCGAAAAUCUAAUCACCACGAGUUGCACAGAAAAUUAUCUGCUGAAGAAUUGCAAAAACAAUUUACUUGCCCAUUACCGAAAGAUGACGAUCCUUUCAUUUCGGGAAUAGCUAACUCGGAUUACGAUCUCCUAGAGGAAUUGAUGGAUGACGACUUGCGCCAAGAAAUUGGUGAGCUUUCAACAGAUGAAGACGAUUUCAACCCGUCAGCGCCAAACGUGUCAAAAAGGAAAAAUGUUAUAACUGAAAAACGCAUUGCAGAAGCUUACAACAAAUUAACUAAUACCAUACCGAUAUCGGCAACAUCUCCCAUUAAUUUAUGCAUUAAGUCUCGUGAAGCUAAAAAGACUGUAGCCCCAAUGCCGACUUUAAAAUGUGAUAAUAAAACCCCAAGUGGUUAUGGCACUCCAGUUCAACCAGCAGAACCUGGAUAUAUUAAUAAUAAAAUGGCAUCUUCAAAUCGUGUUGCGUCCAUGCCUGUGAAUGACAUUAACUCAAAGGUACAAAAGGCUCAUAAGUUACCAAAAUCUCUAAGGAAUGAGCGGGUUGUCAGUGCUAAUAAUAUACUUCCUGCGUUGGACACUUCUAAUCUAUAUAUCGCAGCUAUACCUAAAGAAGGAUUUCAGAAUGUUGUACUUCUCGAUUCUGAAAUAGUUUACGAUCGUUAUCCCGCGGCCCAACCAACUGUACAUUCAACUGUUAAAAAUGUACAACAGAAAUUGAAUAUUCCACCAAGUAAAGUGCCAAAUGUAGCACCAGUAUACCCAACAAAUCAAUUUACGAUACCUGAAGUCAACUCAACUACAACAGGAAAUACUAAGACAGUAACCAAAAAGAAAGAGAGCUCUUCAGUUACAGAUUCUGUAGACUCUUUUAACACUGCAUUACAUAUUUCGAAACCAGUGAACUCUGUUUUCGCACAGCAUGGCGCGAAUUUUUUUAAAAAUGUUUCUACAUUGCCUAACGAAGACAAAUUAAAAGUUGAUGAUAACAAUCCCAAAACUGACAACAAAGUGAUCUUCGAUUUAACCUCAACCAAGGGUUGUGAUACAAAACUUUUAACCGAAUUACAACAAAAGGAACAAUUGCUUUGCAAAGAAGUUUUGCAAAUAGUCGAAGAUUCAAAAAUAUCUCAAGAAAAUGUUAUUAAUAACGAAAAAGAUCAAGACCGACUGGUGAAGAAGCGAAUAUCAAUUAUUAACAGAAAACUAUCUCAUCGGUUUGAUAAUGAGCCUAUACCACUGUCAUUUAGUCCCCUUGCCUCCGACGCUCACAGCAUAGAUAGUGAGCGACUCGUAAUUAAAGGCAAUGGCAUAAUACCUCAGAAAGAAACUGAUUUAAUACCAACAUCUGAGGUGAAAGCAAUGCCCAAUACUGACUUGCUUAAUUCAUCUAUCAUUGAAACCAAAGAUACUAAUGAGUCCAUAACCAUAGACAAUAUUCAGAAUAAUAUAGAAAACGGAACAAAUAAACUUGGAUGUCGUCGUAUAUUACUACGUUCUUCGAACAAAUCUGAUGGUCAAAUAUUAACGAAGCAAAAUUUAAAUGUGGCAAGUGGCAGGAAGGACAAUUUAACUCUGCAAGAUAACGUUCCUUCUGAUAUAGUUACUCCAGUGAUUGAGAAUGAAAAAGAAACACCUAAACCAAGAGCAAGAAAGCGAGCCCCGAAGAAACCGUAUGUUGCAAAAUCCAAUGACAGCAUCGAAAAGACAAUAAAUAAGAAAGAAAAAGUAUCCAAGAAAUCUAAGGGUGUUGCAAAAAAUCAGAAGAAAAGAAAUAAGAAGAUUUUAAAGCACAUCAAUUCUUCCAAUAACAUGGAAUUUGAUCUUGAUAUUGAAGAUGCGUUAUUAGGCUCAAAAAUACCUAAAAUUUUCGAAUCAGAAGAAACUAUUCUGCCAGAUACUUCUGAGAUUGAUAAAAUCGUUCAUUACCAGGGAUCCACAGAGUUGCUUGAUGGUGGCUCGGAAGAAACUGUUCAGAUAGGGCCUAAACCUGUUGAAACAGAAUUAUUUGAUGAUCUCACACAAUUUUCUUGUGAUACUGUGUCUUUUGAAAAUAUUAUUAAAGAAAGAGCACUUGCUGAGUUCCACAAAGAAAAUACAGCAUCACCAAUACCUGUACUGACAUCAACCGAUGUGGAAACCGUUCUCAAAAAGGAAAAAAUUACCACGAAAAGUGAGUUAUCUUGUAAAUUGAAAACAACCACUCACAAGAUACAUGAAAUUAACGAAGAAGAUCAAAAUGCCACUGCGCCGGAGGAAAGUGUAAUUACACAAACUAGCCUUGCAACGCUUGGAUUGGACAAAGAUAAUGCUCCAUUUUUCAAGCAGGUGAUCUCUGAGAUAGAGCUUACAAAAUCUAAUAAGCAAAAAGAAUACACAGAAGAGGAAAAACUUAAAGAACAAAAUACGGACAACAUUAAACAACAGAAUAUCAUUAGCGAAGAAAAACAAAUUCCACAAGAAAUUGAACGAAAGAACGCAGAACACGAGAUAGAACAAAAGGAAAUCACUGAAGAGAUCAAACAUAACCCAAUCUCAGCCGCUGAACAAAAGCAAACCUGUGAAGAAUUUGGACAAAAACAAGGUUCGGUAGAGUUCGCACAGAAUGAUUUCACAGAUGACGUUAAACAAAAACGAACAUCGGAAGGGAUGGGACAGAAGGACAUCACCGAAGAGAAUGUACACAAAGAUAUUUUAGAAAAAGUAAAACAAGACAAAGGCACUGAGGUGAUAGAAAAACAAAUAACUCAUAAUACCGAACAGAAGCAUAUCGCUGAAGUGGUCGAAGCAAUACAGGUCAUAGACAACGACCCAUCUCCGAUUGUUGAAAAGCAAUCUUCUAAAGUAAAAGACAUAAAUAGUUUACCGGAAAGUAAAGAUUUUGUUAAUCUCGUAAAUGAUAAACAGCCAACUAAUUUGGAUAACUCUACGUCUUCUACAAUAAAAGUAGACAAUGGCCCCGAAAUACCUCAGCAUUAUAAAGACAGUAUUAAAAUAGAACAAAUAUUGGAUGGCCCUAAAGACCCCCUGAAGCAAUGUCUAAGAAUAAAAUUACCAAAUGGCAGAACGUUUAAAGCUACCGUGCAUGGAAGAGUACUAUUGAACUUUGAUGCAUUAUUUGAAGACCCUGCAUUGAAAAAAAUGUUAUUGAGCAGUCUUACUGAUAAAAAAUGUUAUACAUUGAACAUUAAACAAGUAUCAACAGCAUCCAUGGAUAACCCUAACAAGAUAGUUGAAACACGUAUCCAGGAGAUAAAUAUAGAGCCAAAAACUACGCCGAACUUGCUUGAGACUAUAAACUUGCUUAGUGAUGACGAAGAUGAAGAGGUGGUUCAGUAUUUUGAGACUGAAUUUGGCAAAUUUAAAAUACAAUCCUUGCCAAAUGGAAUAUUUUCAAGUCAUCAGAAAAAAUUUAAAGAGAACUGCCAAGUUCGUUUAAUAACAAUGAACAAACAAAUUGCAAAAAUUGAUGAAAAGUUAGAAACCCCUAAAAACCAAAUAUAUCCGGAAACAAACAAAACUAAGCGGGAGAUUAGACGUAACGCAAUUCCGCCGAAGAUAAAUAAUACUGUAUUUCAGGAGUCAGAAAUAAUACAGAUUGACGACUCGUCAAAUGAAAGUUUAGUGGAUAUACCUACUUGCAAAGAAGUUCAAAAUGAUAAGAGAGAAUCUGUUGAUCCAUUGAAAGCUUUGAACUUGAAUUGCUAUGUAAAGCUUACUAACUGUGAUGAACUUGUAAAGAAAUAUGAAACUCAAAAAGCUUUAAAACAAAAAUGUUAUGUUGACCUGGUUAGAAUUGAAACUAACACGCUAAAUUAUAUAAAUCUAUGUUCGUUGGAAACUAGUAAUGAGGAACAUGAAAUACAAUUCAAACCGUCUUCAUGUUCACAUGAAGCGGCAAAUGGAAGAACUUCGCCUGUUAUGGAAGCUUACGACUUGAUUGCAAAGUCAUUCAACAAAACCAAUGGAACAGGAAAAAUAUAUCAAGAAACAAAGUACCAGCAACAAGAUACAUAUAUGUGCAAAUCUUUGUGGUUGGAAACAAAGCCUAUCUUAUCACAAUUUACGAAUAACAAUAAACACGUGGCUCCGAGAAAUGGCUUUAAACGUGUACAAUUAGAACGCACCUGCUUUAAUGAAGCUCUACCUACAAUUAGUAAUCAAACAUUUAAUCCUGCAGAUCUUAAAACGCUUUUACUGAAGUACUUUCAAAAUAACCCUGAAUUGAACUAUACCUUCCCACCAUUUAUACCUAAUAUUCCAAAAUACAAUGCUUCGAGAAAAACCUCUCAUUUGUUGAAGAGAAAAUUAUAUACAGAUGAGAAAAAUGUUUUAAAUAAGAUACCAAAAUUGAACACUACAUUAGAAACUAUGACGAAACAGGAUAAAUUUAUCGAAAUUGGUAAUGAAUCUGAAAUGCAGGGAAAUAUAAUCCCUACAAUACCUAGCGGCUUAAAAGUAAUAAACAUGAACUUUGCUGGCAGUGAUAGUGAAGUCAUUAUGUUAACACAAUAUAGUCAAGAUGUUAAAAUGGAUACGGCUCCGAAUAAUAUUCUUCAUUCAACUAUUGUCAAUGAAGAAUCUAACACUAAAUCUGAACAAGAAAACGCCACAGAGCUAGGUGUUGCACCUCAUAAGGACCAAGGAAACUUAAAUACAAUUGAAAGCAACAAUAACACUUUAGAUGAUAAUAUUCUAAGUGAAAAAUUAAAUGUUAUUCAACCUAAUGUUGACACACUUGAAAAAUCAAAUACUGUUACAAAAUCGCUAUCAGAUACCGAAGAAUCGACAACCAUGGACGUCGACUCAACAUCUUUAACAUCAAUAGCUAAUGCGAACACUGAUGGCUCGCAAACCGAAACUUUACUUCCACGUGAAGAACUUUACAAUGAAAACGUACAGCCCAAAGAUGAUAAAGAUCCUUAUGUGCAUGACGCAAACAGUGAUGAUAAAAUAAUUACUGGUAAUAAUGGUAUUAAAAUGCCGGAGCCUAUCUCAAAAAACGAAAAUGCUGUGCUGGAUAUUCAAUCGUCGAAAGAAGGUAUCGAUAAUGUCAUGGUUUUGAAUGACUUAGAAAACAAUAACACUGACCGUGUGCAAAGCCAAGAGAACUAUGAAAAUAUUGAAACUGUUAUACCUGAGUAUACACAGCGCAUUUUAGUGUCCCAAACUACCACUGUAAAUGUUGCAAAAUUGGAAACAUUGACACAAACAAAACUUUACGAAAAACCUAAUGACCAACCAUCUUUUAACAACCGGGCAAAGCAAUGAGAUGCAACUUCACCUAAAAAAUAUGACUACAUGGUAACCGCAAAUGAACAUAUUAAAACCUCGAAUAGUGAGUUUAUUAUGACAAGUUCAGAGUCUGGUCGCACAACUGUUAAGAUGUAUGAAGUAUUGGAAACAUCACAAAUAGACGAAGUUGAAGAUAACAAAACUAGUUCAGUUCUUUCAAUACAAGAGGAAAAUAUUGAACAUGAUAGGUCUUCUCAUAGCAAUAACUCUUGUUCUAUUUUGGCAGACAAUUCUGACGAUCCCACUAAUAUUUCAAAUACACAUAUUGUAACGGAUAGUGAAUUCACUAGUGCCCAUUCAGAGUCUGAAAGUGCAGCUGAGACAACCGAAUUGCAACAGAAAGAAAAUUUGCAAACAAUAAAAGAAAUCGAAAUUACAAAGAAUAGAAUGUGCGCGCUUUCUGCAGAGGACGGUAUCAUUCCAGAAAAUAUUUCUACCGAUUCUAAUAAUUGUGAUAUUAAUAUACCAAAGAAGUUAAAUAAAGUAGAAGAUUCUAACCUUGAGUUGACUGAAAUCUAUUCUGACUGCAAAAUUACGACUAUGACAAUGACUAAUGAAUCAGAAAAGAAUGAAAUAAAAACGAAUAAUACAAAAGGACAUAACGAUCAUGAAUCAUGUCAAAUUUCGACAGCUGAAACUACGGACAUGGAAAUGACAAAUGAUCAGACAAUUGUUUAUGAGAUCAUUGAUACUUAUCCGCAAGACGAUGAAACAGAUGCUGAAUCACUGCCAGAUUUAGAAACAACGGAUCAGAAUACUAUUAAAGAGAAUAAAAUUAAUACAAUAGAUACGGAUAAUGAUUCCCAUGUGUCUACUAGGGAUAUGCAACAUUGUGAUAAUGCGGUUAAAGAGUCCAAUAAAAAUAAUCCAGAGAAACCUCUGGAAUUUUUGAGCAUUAAAGCUGAUGAAACCCAUUCUGACCAUGAAGAUAUUCACACGACUCGUGAAGAAGCAAGAACAAUAAAUCAGAAUAUAACGGAUGAAACUAAAAGUGACACGGCAGAAAAUCAAAGUAAUUAUCAUUUUGAGAUUUCUGUUGACGUGGAACGUUGUGAAGAUGAAGAAAACUUUAAUUAUGACGAAUGUAUUAGUGAAAGUCCUACAAAUUUGAACUCUAAAACCAUUAAACGCCAUUCGGAAUUUGAAAAACCAGAAGAAUUUCAACAUGUUAAUGAUGUUGAAGCGAACAUAUCAACAAACCAAGAUUACAAAGAUCUAGUUAUACCUUUUACUGAUGUAUUACGAUUCAAACCUGUGUUGCAAAAGGGCAUUGACGAAACUUUCAAUACUGAAAAUACUACAGUUCAAAAAUGCCAAAAAAUAACUGAACAUCUCAACAUUCCAACCGCAUAUCAAGUAUCAAGCAAAGAGCAAAAUAUAAUUGAAAAUGAUUAUCCAUUGCAACACAAUUUAUUGAAACCGGAGCAAAAAUUGAGAAUAAUUGGUGAUCAUGAUUAUGUUAGUGAUUUUCCGGUAAUAUCAGAUUGCAAACAGUCUAUUGAAAAAGUUAAGAGUAUUAGAGACUGUCUGGAAAAUAAUGAUUCAAACAUCGACGUUCCAAAGCAAAAAACUAAUACUUCUAUGGUAGAAGAUUGUGAUUUACACGAAGAUUACAAUUUGCUUAUGCCUAAACAUACUUACAUAAAGAAGCGUAAAAGUAUGAGGAUCAUCAAACGGAAAAAAGAUAUGUCUGAUUUGAAAUUUAACGUCAAACGAUAUAGAAAAAGUCACAAUAUUGAUAGUCCAAAAUUUUAUGUAUCGCCCGAGGCAAAAACCACCUAUUGUAAAGAAUAUAAGGAUUUAUUUAAAUAUAAUAGUUCAUUGAAAUUUUCAUAUUCUCGACCUUUUCACAAAGAAAAUAUAGAAGUUCAUGAACUUUUGAAAAAUUGGCCCAUUACGAAUACUACUGUUAUUAAAAAUCUGCCGGACAAUGAUGGAGAAAAUCUACUAUUUAUUGAUUUAAAUAACACAGAGAAGCCAAACAAUAUAAUAACCCAAUCAUUAGCAGACGAAUUGGUUUGCGAAGAUGUUGUAAUAAAUAAUCAUUUAGAUGAAAUUAAAGAAACCAAUUUCAAUAUGGGUUUUGGUGAGAGGUCCGGCAGAGUCAUACAAAAUUUGGAAGACAGGGAAGAUGUUUCUGAAGUAUCGGCUGCGACUCUGUCGGACGUAAAACAAAAUCAGCCGGUUUUACAGUCCGAAAAUAAGGAUUAUUUUUGUCACCCACAGAAUACUAGAGAAAAUAUAAAAAAUGAUUUAAUUGAUGGCAUUAACCUUUAUUAUACUUCUAUUAAGUUAAAAAAUAAAGUAAAAGAUUUUUUCAAUAAAUCGGCCAUUGAAUUGAAUUCAAUGCAAGAUUACGGGAAAUGCAAUAAAGACUGCAAUGAUUAUGAUAUGACACAAUUUCCGUUUGGUUUGAAUUUCGGCGAUUUCAUCAAUCCUCCUCCAGUUGAAAUGACAGUUCAAGUCGUUCAAGUCGGUCAGCUGCCUGUCAGUGCUGCUGCUCAAAACCCUGUCACUUGCGACCCACGGGUGACUCAAGUAUCGGACGCAAGUCCACCUCAAUGUUCUGCGGAGAAUAGCAUGCAUGACGAUCAACUAACAAACAUUAAAACUGAGUAUACCGAAUUGACUACAGCAGACAUAACUCUGCCAAUGGUACAUGAGUACGAAUAUCAUGAUCCAUCGACACAUUACGAAUAUCAGGAAUCAUCAAAUAUACCCAUUAUAAAUGAGAAUAUACCUAUACAAACAGAGAUUAAGUCUGUGGUCAAAAUUGAGCUAAUGGAGGAAGAAGACAAAAUGGAACAGCAUGAAAUGUUGGAACAUAAUUGUGAUAUACAUGAUCAAGAAGUCAUUAAUAACGUAGAUUAUUCAUACGAAGUAAAUAACACAGAGAUGUCCCCGGAACCUCCGCCACAUAUGGAAAUGAUGUACGAUAGUGAAAAACAAAGUAAUGGCAAUGAAGAAUUUUCACCGUUACCACACCAGAAUGGGCAUCCCGAGAAAACUGACCAGAUCGCGCAUGCCAUGAAUGCAGCUGGCAUAUCAACCACUGCUGAAACUAUGUCAAACUCAGACACCACUCACGUCCACGAAUUUAACAUGCUACCCCAAAAUGUAGAUGGAGAUGGAGCAUUAGCAAAUGGGAAUGAUUCAUAUCCUAAAUCUACGGCUAUUAAUGCAAUGGCAUUGCAACAAGCCUUGGCACAAAUACUGCCACCUCCUUUGAAUCAAACCAAUAGCACUGAAAACAACCAACAAACAUCUAAUGCGAUUCCGUCACAAGUUUUACACAUCGUUCAAGGGAAAAAUACAUCCAAUCAGAUUACUUUGGUUGACAACGCCCAGACGUCUGUCAUUAAUCCACCAAAUGCCACGUCCGUACUGCAUAUUGUCCAAAAUAAGAACGUUGCGAACAAUGGAAAUACGCCUGCGAACGCUUCGCCCCAGACUAAUACCUUCAGCGGGCUAUCGCUCGUAGAUGCCGCAUUGCAAAAAGGCGGUAAUCAACUUCUUCACAUAGUGAAUGCUGGAAAUCAGAAUAACAAUAAUGCAGGGCAGCUAUUGAAACGUGUAAAUUUAUUAACUAAUCUCACCCAUGCCCAAGGAGGAAAUGAACAGAAAAUGGUUCAAUUUGUCUGCAAGUCAGCCGAUGGCAAGCCCAUUCAGCUUAAUGCGUCACACCAACGAAGUAUGGUGUUACGACUACAGCCAGUUGAAACUCCUCCCGUGCAAACUAAUCCACCGAAACCUUCAGAAAAUCCUGAGUUGAGUCCAACACAUAACAUUGCAAAUGCAAAUAAUGACGCGUCUCAAGAUAUAAAGCCGCGAUCCGUGUAUGACGAUAACUACGCUAAAUACAUGCAGGGCGGAUCUACGCCAGGUUCAGAAAAAGGCACUAGUUUGCCAAAAUUCAAUCAGGCGUUUGGAAAGCAAGUGUAUCAAGAAGACAAGCAAAACGAACUCAAUGGAAAUUCGCACAUGCCAGUUAAUUCUGAUGGUGAAAAUACUGAAUGCCCGUCACAAGAUAAUCCCCUGAAUCUAGACCACAUGGGCCAAAUAAAUAGCCCACCUUUAUUAUUGAGGAAAUCACCGUCACAAACUAGCCAAAACCAACAGCCCCAGCCAAACAUAGUGCAACAAAUAAAGGAAACUAUAGCUCCAAUGAAUAUCCAAACAAUGCACGGAGGUGUAAUAUACACCCGUCAGAUCCCUGUAAACAUCGGCGGUGGACAGACUAUAAACUUGAUUACUGUUCCUACUACAGAACUAGUUGAUGAAUCUGGACAAAAACAACAAGCUGAAGUGAAGUUUGUAAACCAAACCGGGAUAGAGCCCUCGAUAAUAAAAAUCGUUCCCCAAACUCAACCAGCUACUAACGGAGAAACUCCCCAAGAAAACAAUUCCCAUGCAGGAGGGUCGAACGAGAACAACAAUCAUAACCCCCAACCGCAACCAGUAUUGACACAGAUGCGAAUAAAAUUACCUAUGCUCAGUAAAGCUCCAAAUAUGGUGUCGGGAGCAAGGGUCAUCAGGCCGUCCUUUUUCCACAUACAAAGGAACGUGAUUGGCGGUGCGAAUCAGCAGGUAUACCAACAAUUAGUCCUUACAGCGGCGCCGCAACUUGGCCAGCAAACUAUACGGCUACCGCAAGCUCAAAACUCGCGGCCUCAGAAAACUCCAGAUAAUCAAUCGACAAAUGAAUCUCAAAUGAGUACGUCAACGCUAGAACAACUCCGAGAGUUUGACUUGGUACUUGAGCAAGUGAAGGAGAGAAGUACCGUGCAGCCGAACGGGAUUAUCCCUGGUGCUUUCUCUAAAAUAAAUACAACGUCAACAGACACGACUGAUAGUGCUGCGAACGCUACUUCGACAAAUACAGAGGCAACGCAGCAUCAAGUGCUUUAUUCGAUUGGCAACUCUCAAUCGUUGAACGUGGCGUAUGUUAACAGAAAGACGCCUGCGCCAACGCCAACGACAUCUACAUACGUUAGAUCUCCUGACUCGUCAGGAAUAGUGGAUUCGUCUACAUCGUCAUCAUCAUCUCAAGCCUCAACUUCGCAUGCUAUUACCACGGAGGCACGAACGAGCGAUCCACCUCCUCAACCGAAAAAGUCCCAUAAAUCUAAAUCGAGACCAAAAGCAUCUUCCAAUCCUCCGAACACAUUGAAGCUGAAUACAACGCCGCCAAAACCCUCGUCACAAAAACCUUUAGAAGAUGAACAAACUACACAAAGGAUUUUGUACAUACUAGCCGAAUAUAAGGAGCAGGUCGAAAACUCUCCCGAUAAAGACAAGCCAGCGCCGCGUCGAAGAAAUAAUCCGCCGACAACGCCAUCUGGGUCUUCGAAGCGUAAGAAAGGUUCGGGCUCCCGGAGGCACGGGCCUCGGGACAUGAGUCCAAUCCAUGGUGAUGAAACUUGCCGAACAAUGGGCUCUGAAGACAGUAGCUGCGGCACCUCUCUCGGCGACUGUAAUGACAGCUGUAUCGACAGCCACUCGCCUCAAGACAGUCCGCGCAAAGUUGUGCGGAAACUAACAUUUGACCAUGAACCGCAUAUUACGCAUCCUCGGCCGCAACCGCAACGAAAUGUGAUCGUAGCUGACGGUCAGACUAUAACAGUGGCUCGGGGUACCGCCGGCAAACCUACCACAGCUGUUCUAAUGCCAGCAAACUACAUCUUGCCCGUUUCAAUGGUGAAAGGCGGACAACAGAUCGCGAUAGUCACCAACCGUGGUCCGAAACUGCUCACGGUCAGCAGUGGCGGUGAAGGUGGUACCACCAAUGCGCUGUUGUUGCAAAGGUUGAUUGGACCAGCUGGACUGAAACCAGUGUUAGCGCGUCCAGGAUUCCGCCAUGUCCGUUUACCAGCAUCAGCGUUGCACAACCUGCAAGCUUUCAAUUUGACGACUGCAACGACCGCCCAACCGCCCGACAGCACUGCCUCGCCCGCUCCAGCGCCGACUCCGCCUGACUUGGUCGAAACACGAGCUACAAGCUCCCCGUGGACAGACCGGGAGUUGCAAGAAGUGAAGCCCGAACGCGGGUCCAGUCCCGAAGGCUCGGAGCCGUGGAACUUGCAUGCUGUCGACCCACAUGACUAUUCAUAUGAAGAAACGGUGCGGACUGAGAACAUGGACCGAACAGUACUUGUUGUUCACAAGAGGGAAGGUCAUCGUCAACAUAGACUGACACACGUCUCGGCGGCUGCUUUGAGACACAAAUAUGCCAUAUUGGAACACGAGCUACGAUUGCAGAAAUCAUUGUCUGAAGAGUGUGAAGACCUCGGCGUUGACUCGCCGUCCGCCUCGGAAUUGUUCCCCGAGGCGGAAUUGUUGUUUACGGCGUCUCCGGCCCAUGAACAAGCGCAGGAGCACUCGCAUUCUUCCCAACCGGUAAUCCACAUACCAAAACCAGAUCUCGAAGAUCAAAUCGCGACAGAUCGUCUCAUCUCUCGGGACAUGCACGACCGUCCGGAUUUGAACAUAGGACUGGAGGACGUCGGCAUUGUAACCGUCAGCGAGGAUGGUAUGCAGACCACCAUCGCGCUCAACCAGGAGGAGUUUGCAAGAGCUCAUCCUAAUACCACGUUCCAUAGUGAGCCUAGCGAAGAAGGGGAGGUGCAACCAUUCACGAUAGCCGGUCUAAAGAGUCGUCACAUAACAUCGACGAUAUUCCACGCGAAUCGCGCGCCGGGCACGGUGCUGGUGGCGGCGCCGCAGACCACCGUCAUCUCGCAGGCCACCGCCGAGCCCGCCGUCGCGCCCAACACUGUCAAGUACGCCGACAUCGAGAACAUGAUCGACUCUCUGCCCGGCGCUCACAACAAUAACAUCAACCUACCCUCAGUCGUUGUAAAAGACGACGGAUUGUCCAGAUUCGACAGCCUCCUCGCCGAGUCCAGAGAGGUGCACAUCUCCAAUGCUACCUCGGCUAUCGUGCACUCGAGCGGUAACGCUACGCAAGUCAUCAGGCGAGUGUGCUUCGACGAUGACAAGCGAGAAAAGAACGGAAAAUACCUGAUCGACGAGCCCGAUGCCAUGAUGGGCGAUGAGUCGAAACUUGAAGACAUCUCCAGGGACGCCCAUUUGGGACCGAUGCGGGACGACGUCGACGACAGAUCGUCUCCCGAGCGACACGCGGAGCUAUUUUGGGAGUCGAAUUCAAUGGCCGACCGUUUCGAGAGACGUAGGCGUUUAGACUUCAGCAGCGAUAGCGAUAAAUGCUGCAGGAGUCCGACAUUUGACGAGACUAAUUCCGACUCUGGUGUGGGCGUGCACAUGCGACUCGAUUCGGUGAUCAAAGAGGCGCGAGGUGUCGAACGGACGAGUUUCGACAGCCCGCCCAUCGAUGAUCACCCGCCGCUGCGCACGUACCCGCCCAAGAGAAUGUACCUCAAUACAGAAGCAGAGAUGGACAGGAGCCUGACGGGGAAGACGCGGGCCGGGGCGCGGUCCCCAGACAUGCUGGAGGUGCGGCGGCGAUCGUCGGUGCGCGGCGUGGUGAAGCGCGGCUGCCACUGUUGCAACGGCUCGCCCGCGCCGCCGCGACCCAAGAAGGCCCGUCCAAAGAAAACCAUCAUGGACUUUAACGCUAAUAAUUAAUGUGAUUAUCUACUUGUGAUUAAGUGCUGUGGCUAAGUUUAUUCAUUACGUACAGGCCAGCACUAGACUGAGGCCAGAUCUCUUCACUCCGGUUUCAUUUAGGUGUAUAUUAAAAUUGUUACACUUUGUUUUUGUAUAUAAUUUUGAUAAUUUAAUUCUGCAGAUAUGACGGGCGAUUAUUUUUGUUAAUUUCUUUUUAGAUUGUCCUUGAGGCGUUAUUGUUAAGUUGUGAUGUCACUGAUCAGUUCAAAUUCAUUUGUUUAACGGUAAAAGUUAAGAACAAUUUUACUUAAAUGUUAAAAUUAUCCUUAACUAGCUUUUGCUCGCGGCUUCGCCCGCGUGAAGGUGUUUUCCAGGAUAAAAUUCCACUGUUUGAUAAAAGUCUUGCUACAUAUUUUCCCGGUACUUAUAGGUUCAAACUAAUUUUAUCCCCAAUCUAUAAUUUCAGUUCAAUCAGUCGAAAAUCUAAGAACAUUUAUACA